GUGAUUAUGAAGAGGACCACUCAACCCCUCUCCCUCAGCCGCGGGCGGCCACCGUGGUGCCUGACAUUUCCACUGUCACCGUGGCGGAGACCGUGCCGGUCAGGCGCCCUCAUCCGCCCCCUAUCCAACACCACCUUGUCUCCCCCGCCGCCCUUCCAACCUCCUCCGAUGAAGACGAGACUCCGAAAGCCAAGGAGCCGUCCACCACCUUGCCUAAGGAAAAGUACUGCCAGCUGCAGGUGACACCAUCCGUGCCUGAGUCAUCGUCGAUGACCCCGGAAACAAGCACACAAACAGCAGGACUACAAGAGCCGUCCACACCAGUGCCUGACAAGAAACUAGACUGUGACCAGCGGUUACCUGGGGCAUCAUUGGACAGUUCAGCAUCCCAACAGGACCCUGCUCUCGAGGCGGAGGGGUCUUCGGCUCUCAGCACAGACCACAUCAACUUCUUCAGCGCCAGAGAGAAGUUCCAGGGCCUGACUCAGGAUGGGAGGACCCGUUGCCUUUCUGAUCAGGCACUGCAGCAGACUCCUCAGCCCAUACCCAGGGAUCCAGGACAGGAGCAGCAGCAGCAGGAGGACCCCUCUGUUGUGGCGACUGGGGAGGGAGAGGAGGAGGUCGAGGAGAGGAAGAGGGAGAGCAUUGUCUCUGUUCACCUCAUAGUUACAGAACUGGAGUCCAUGACGCACACUGUGGCCCCUCCCCCUGGCCCUCCCAGCCAACCAGAGCCUACUGCUUCCCAGGACCACGAAGUGGGUCAGUCAAACCAGGAAGUAGAGGGCAAAGAUGCAGAGUCACAGCAGGAAGUGGACGUUGUCAAAGAGGAAGUGAAGGACGAAGCAGAAGAGAUGGAAGCAGUCUCCCACUCUCCUCCCGCCCCUCACUCUGCUGAUUGGGCGAUGGGCUCUGUGCGCCGCGUCACCCAACAGCUGGAGCAGCGAAUGAGGCAGGACUCCCCUUCCCCACCUCCACCUUCCCUCCCCCCCCCCCACCCCCAUCGUCGCUCCCCUCACUUCCCUCACUCAAGAGAACACUCCCCUCCUGCCUCUCACCCCUUCCCAGAGACAAACUCCAACCCCCAGAAUGCACCACUCGGCCCACAGGAGUCAGAGGUUAGCACUGUGCAGGAAAAGGGUGGGGGCUGUAGUCCUAUGGAGGAAGAUGGAGGACAGGAGGCUUGGAGAGAAGGUUUACAUGAAGACAGUGUCCGAAUGCACAAACGCAACCUUAGUGAUGGCAGCCUUGCAUCUACCCUCCACCCUACCCCCAUGACCCCUCACCACCCUACCCCCAUGACCCCUCACCACCCUACCCCCAUGACCCCUCACCACCCUACCCCCAUGACCCCUCACCCUCCUACCCCCAUGACCCCUCAACACUCUUCCCCCAUCACCCCUCUCCAUCCUACCCUAAACUCCGCCCUCGCCCCCCUCUCUUCAGUGGAUUUCCUGUGUCUGGAGGGGGUGACAGAGUUUGAGUCGGGCACAGACUGGGACAGUCUCCCUGGUCGAGGACCCCCCGGUGACGACGACAUGAGGGAGACAUGGGAAACUCUGCGGGAGCUGGGGGCGUUCCUUCGCCAGGUGAGCGGUGGCGGAGCCAAGGUACCCAGGUGUGUGGGCCAGGUGUGGGGGGAAGGUACACAGGCGAGGCAGAAGAGGGUCAGGGGUGGCGACAGGCAGAGAGCCAGGGAGGUGGAGGCACGGAUUCGCCAGGCUGGGCUGACACCGCCCUCCCUGAUGAAGCGCUCUGCCUCAUUGGCUAAGCUGGGCUGCUUAGACCUGUCGGCCAAUGACCUGAGCAAUUGGGAUAUAAGCCCCACCUCUCCGGCGACACCCGCUGUGGAACUUCUCCUUCCUUCCACAGAAGCUGACGAGUCCUCCAGGAAACUGAGGGUGCUGUUCCACAAUGCCCUGUGUCCUUCUGUCUCGACCAGCAGGCAAGAGUCCCUCACCAACAGAGCGGAGAGGCCUUGUGAGAGUGGACACACCCCCUCAGAACACUUGCAUUCUCCUACGUCCAAUCAAGGCUGGCAGAAGGAGAAACAUCCUGACUCUGGCCAUGCCCUCUCGCUGACGUCUGACCUGAUCUCCGUGGCAACACAACAGCAGUAUGGAAGGACACACCCCCUACGUAGGCUGAAGAAACGGACUGUCAGCACCCUCUACCACACUAUGUGACCCUCAGUGUGUGUGUGUGUGUGUGUGUGUGUGUGUGUGUGUGUGUGUGUGUGUGUGUGAGAGAGAGAGAGCGUGAGAGACACAGAGUGAUGAGAGCUGGUCAAACGCCAGCCACUUCCCUUAGCCCCUACCACCUUCCCUGGCAGAUGAUAGUCAGAUGUGUGGACAAUAUGCCGGCCGCCUCUAGGAUCAUUGGAAGGCUCGAUGGAUUAUAGCAAAGCUGAUCUCUUCAGGGCAUCGUGUAUGUAGUGACUCCCAGGAUGUGUAAUGUUUCAUACUGUAUGUAGUGACUCCCAGGAUGUGUAAUGUUUCAUACUGUAUGUAGUGACUCCCAGGAUGUGUAAUGUUUCAUACUGUAUGUAGUGACUCCCAGGAUGUGUAAUGUUUCAUACUGUAUGUAGUGUGUAUUUGAGUCAUCAUUUUAGGAUGUGUCCUUUUGUUUUCUAUUGGUUGGAGUCUGAACUGUUUGUGAGACAGAAUAUCUCCAUAAGUUUUAAAUUGUUUGUCACUUUUGUGUACAUAAUAGGAAGUGUGUGUGUGUGUGUGUGUGUGUGUGGGGGGGGGGGACUGAAAAGUGCAGUUUCUCCCUUCCCUUUCUAUCAGAAAUAACAAUGAUAUGGGGAGGUUUCUCAAAUAUGCACUUUACUGUUUUUUGAUUUAUGUAUGGUUCCUACCCCUGGAGCUUAAUGUGAGGUGAAUAGUUGUGAGUAUUUUACAGUGCAGAAAUGUCAUUUCAUUUUAAAUCUGUAAAUAUUCUAAUUUUUUUAUGUGCUUAAACUGUGACCAAUAAAUAAUGACAACUUAA